AUGGCCACGGGCAUGGACGCAAAUCCACAGGAGUGUCCUUGCAUACACUGCCUCCAGGGCAAACUGAAGCGAACGCCGCACAGAUCCUCGAAUACGCGAGGCGCCCACAAACUCGAAUUCUUGCAUGUCGACAUUCAGGGCCCCUUCGACGUCGGUAACGAUGUGAGCCGGUACAGCGUUGGCAUCGUCGACGACUUUUCACAGAGGGGCUGGGCCGUGCCCAUUCGGACAAGGGACGCCCUGUCACCAUUGCUCAUCUCCUUCCUCGAGCAACACCAGCGGCCUGAACUUCGCUGCCGACGCAUCCGCCUGGAUCGGGGAGGCGAGAACAUGGGAUAA